AGUGUAGUGUGUGUGUCGUGUAUAUAGUGUUGUGUUGUGUGUGGGGGGGUGCAGCGGCAGCGGCGCCGGACCAGGAACAAGACCUGAUGUAAGAAGCAGCAAAUAAAUGCUCCGUCCUUCGCCCACAGCCAACACACACAUUUAUAAUUGGCCGUCUCUGGUUAGCCCUCUUGGCAUGAACUUUAUCAGGCUGUCUCAGAACCUAUCAAUUCUACCAUGAGGUUCAACUGUUAUUGAGUUCCAACACAUUGCUCUGUGGCUUCACGUGGUCAUUCAACGAUAAACUAUUCGUGGAUCAGCUACAUAGUUCUGAAGUCUCAGGAGCACCCAAUGACAACCUUAUGCCUCAUAACUACAAUCGUCAGCUGCAACACCGGGCAGGUAGAGGAGAAAACACACGGAUUGAUGCAAUGUACCAAGUUGUGCCAGGAAAUCUGCCUGCAGCUAGGGAAAAACAGUCCAAAGAAGCUAAACCAUUAAUAUGCUCAGUUUUGCUGGGUGUGUUACUGAUAAUUGCAGCUGGAGUUGCAUGGUGCUAUUAUUCAGCAUCGCUGAAGAAAGUAAAUUGUAUUAAGAUCGAUGAUUUGGAGCUCUACGAGGAUGGAUUUAUCAUCAAGAAGACUGACGGUCCAGAUUUAUUUGAAAUGGGCUUCAAGUCUGCCCCUAUUAACCUUGAGUCGUGUUUUAAAGAUGAGACUGGAGUUUGGAUAAAUUGCACAAAUGCUGAUAAAGAAGUGGAUUUUUUUAUUGAGACCUUGAAGCCCAAAGAUUCCAUAACUUGCUUCAACAUCAAAUGGAGAACUGAGGUACUGGACUCUGCUGUUGAACACUGCAUGUAUUGGGCAGAUGGUUAUUGGUAUGGAGGAGCCGAGACUAGUUCACAGCACUGGCCUAUCAAACUCUCAGGUGUAGUAGAUCCAAAGCCAUAUGUUACAGGUGAUGUACAUUCAUUACGUGAAGGCUUUGGUGGAAUUAUGGAAAGAUAUUGGAUCUCAAAUAAGUCUGUAGCCAUUCGAGUUAAUGAUUCAGUCCCUCUACACAUUGGUUGGAACAGCUCAAAUAGAGAAGCAUUUUGUUUGCACGCUAGAUACAAAGAUUCUCCAUUUAAAUUACCAACAGGACAACAACCAUUUGUGCAUCUAAGUUAUCAAGUCUGUGCUGGUUCUGAUAUGAAAAGUAUCCACCGAUAUAUGGCCAAAAAACAUUUCAAAAAGCCUGAAGUUACACCUUCAGAAAGUAUGUUCAUGUACCCUCUAUGGUCAACAUGGGCGUUGUAUAAAACAAAGGUUAACCAGGAUAAAGUGUUGCACUAUGCAGAAAAAAUUAAGAAAUAUCAAUUCAAUUGCAGUCAUAUUGAAAUAGAUGACCGGUACUCCAGUAGCUACGGUGAAUUUGACUUUGAUCCAGUGAAGUUUCCAAAUGCUUUGGAAAUGCUGCAGAAGCUGAGCAAAGAUGGAUUCCAGGUGACCUUGUGGGUCCAUCCUUUUGUUAACUACAAUUCACCAAGUUUUGUUAAAGGAAUUGAAAGUUCAUAUUUUGUGAUGGACACCAGUGGGAGACUUCCUGGUCUUGUGGAAUGGUGGAAUGGGAUUGCAGCUGUCUUAGACUUCACCAACCCAGAAACUAAAGAUUGGUUUCAGAAAAAAUUGGAGCACUUGAGAUCAAAGUAUGGGAUUGUUUCUUUUAAAUUUGAUGCAGGAGAGACCACUUACCUUCCUGUAGAAUUUAGCACUCAGAAGCCUUUAUCUGAUCCCAGCAUAUAUAGUAAACUAUAUGCUGAAGUUGCAUCUUCACACUGCAAACUGGGUGAAGUGAGGGUAGGAUAUAGAACCCAGAUGCUUCCUUGUUUUGUUCGUAUGAUCGACCGUGAUUCUGUUUGGGGUUAUGAGCUUGGUUUGAAGUCUGUGAUUCCUACGGCCCUCACCAUGAGCAUCUUGGGAUACCCCUUCAUAUUGCCGGAUAUGAUUGGAGGAAAUGUUUAUCCAAAUAAAACGGAUGGAUUUGAUGAGAUUCCAGACCGAGAGCUUUAUAUACGCUGGCUUGAAUUGUCAGCUUUUCUUCCAGCCAUGCAGUUUUCAAUCCCUCCUUGGCAAUAUGAUGCUGAUGUUUUGAAGAUUGCAUCUAAAUUUACGCAGCUCCGAGAAAGAGUAGUUGGGCCUCUUAUAUUCCGACUAGCAGAGGAAGCCACUAAAACAGGUAAUCCAAUCAUCAGGCCUCUAUGGUGGGUAGCUCCUGAAAAUAAAGACGCACAUAAGGUAGAUACACAGUUUCUGAUAGGAGAUGAUUUUAUGGUAGCCCCCAUUCUAGAAAAGGGUAAACAAGCAAGAGAUAUCUUCCUUCCAAAAGGUAAAUGGCAGAGUUUCAAUGGGGAUAUUUUCGAUAAUACGCUGGUUAUCUUAACAGACUAUCCAGUUAGUCUUGAUGAAGUGGCCUAUUUUACCAGAAUGAUUUGAUUUAAUUUUACUUAAAAUUUGGACUAAUUCAAAUAGUUUUUCUAGAAAAUGCAUUUUAGAUCCGCUGUUUGCAUCUGUGUUCCGACCUAUGUAAUUUCAGGAUUAUUCACAAGCUGACAUUAAUAUGUUGCUUGGUCUCUCUUAACUGUGAAGUUCUGUAAAAUAAUACUUGUAUUAUGAGUUUUUAAUGGUUUUUUUUCCCUAAACUGAACCAAUUACUAUUUUUGAGCAAAACAUUUUGCAAAGAAAAUAGCUUAAUUGUUCAUUUUAACAAUAAAACAGACAUUCAUAUUCUGUUAAGAAUUGUAUAGCUGCAAUGCGGUAAUGGGAAUAAAAAUAAAUUCGAUAUACCAUUUGAUAAAUGCAAAUAAUCCCAAAUCUUAACACUUUUAAAAAACAACUUUAAGCAAAGGACCAAUAAUCAUAGAAAAUACAUGCGGGAGGAGGCUAUUUGGCCCUUCGAGCCUGCACAGCCAUUCAUUGUGAUCCUGGCUGAUCAUCCACAAUCAGUAACCCGUGCUUGCCUUUUCCCCAUAUCCCUUGAUUCCGCUAGCCCCUAGAAUUCUCUUUUAAAUUCAUCCAGUAAAUUGGCCUCUACUGCCUUCUGUGGCAGAUAAUUCCACAAAUUCACAACUUUCUGGGUGAAAAAGUUUUUUCUCUUCUCAGUUCCCCUUUAUUCUUAGACUGGCCACUGGUUCUGGACUCUCCCAUCAUUGGGAAAAUUUUUCCUGCAUCUAGCUUGUCCAGUUCUUUUAUAAUUUUAUAUGUUUCUACAAGAUACCCUCUCAUCCUUCUGAAUUCCAGUGAAAACAAGCCCACUCUUUCCAAUCUUUCCUCAUAUGACAGUCCCACCAUCCUGGGGAUUAACCUCGUGAACCUACGCUGCACUGCCUCAAUAGGAAGGAUGGCCUUCCUCGAAUUAGGAGACCAAAACAGCACACAAUAGUCCAGAUGUGGUCUCACCAGGGCACUGUACAACUGCAGAAGGACCUCUUUACUUCUAUACUCAAAUCCUCUCAUUAUGAAGCCCAACAUGUCAUUAGCUUUCUUUAAGCCUGUACCUGCAUGUUUACUUUCAGUGACUGGUGUACAAGGACACCCAGGUCUCGUUGCACUUCCCUUUUUCUUAAUCUGGCACCAUUGAGAUAAUAAUCUGCCUCAUUCUUGCCGCCAAAGUCGAUAACCUCACAUUUACCUACAUUAUACUGCAUCUGCUAUGCAUCUGCCUACUCACUCAACCUGUCCAAGUCACCCUGCAACCUCUUAGCUUCCUCUUUGCAGUUCACACUGUCACCCAGCAUUGUGUCAUCUGCAAAUUUCCUAGUGUUACUUUUAAUUCCAUCAUCUAAAUUAUUAAUAUAUAUUGUAAAUAGUUGCGGCCCCAGCACCGAAUCUUGCGGCACCCCGUUAAUGGGGAAUUGUGUGGCAAAAUGUAGUUUUGUGUAUUUAUAUUUACAGCAACACUUUAAUUGGCAAAUCUUUCUGCUUUCGAAGACAUUAGUUAAAUUAACUUUCAAAAGAUGUAUUAUACAGGUGGGGAGGAGUAAAUUGACAUGAAAUUCUGGGUUGUAAAUUUGGAAAUUGGAUAUGGAAACAAGUGAAUUUAAGCAAAUGUUGCUGAGGUGAAAGUACUGUAAAAUUGUUGGAUACUGAUUUUAAACUUCAUACUCUAAGAAAA